CCGCCAGGCUGCUGUGGGCGUGCAAGCCCGCGGGUACGCGCCGCUUAUCACUCAUUCAUUCCCGCAGCCACCACUCAGCGCGUCCCAUGUGCCAGGGGCUGAUGGUGGGGAUGAAAAGGGACCCAUCUUUCCCAGAGGCCGCGGUCGGGGAAACCCGACCUGGAGUGAAAGGGGUCGAGGGUCCGGCCGGGCGUGGGUGGGCCAGAGCAGCUGCCAGGCCCCCGUACAUCCUCACGUCUUUCGCCCGCGCCCCCGCUCGCCGCAGCCAUGACCUACCUUCGUGUCACAUUUUGCGUGCCUGUUUGCUGGUGUGGUAACCCCAGUUGUUCCUGGCACAUAGUAGGCCUCAAAUAAACGUGUGAUGCGGGAAGGAAGCGCGGCCCACCGUCCUCUGCCUCCCCCUGCGCUCCAUGAGUUCGAAGGCCUGGUCUGGGCGGGCGCUGCGAGAGCGCUCCGGGGGUGCGGGCGAGGCGCAGCGAGCCUGGUUUUCCUGUCUGGAGAAGGACCCCGUCAUUUUUAUAGAAGGCUGCUGGAAGGGGGCCUGCGGGGCUAAGCCUGCUGUGCCAGACAGAAGCUUGGAGGGGAAGGGGAGGCUGUGGUCCCACGCAGAGGAGACUCUGCUCUGAGUUUGGAAGCCCCGUCCAGACCUUGCGGCCCAGACAGCGCUCUGCCUGGGCAAUAUGGGAGGGAAGGAAAGGGAAUUCCUCGCCCAGUCGCCCGGGGCUGGCCCUUGCAGCCGCGCCGGCCAUGAUCACGGACUCGGGUACGAUGCCGACAACCCCUCGACCCGGCCUCCGAGGAAAGGCGCGCGCCCACUCGGGCAAAGCCCCCUCGGUCAUACCCGAGACACCUUAGACACAGGACCGGCGUGUGCGCAGCCUGCUGAACAAGGAUUUGAAGAUAUCACAAGGCCCCACCUCGCGGAAAGGGAAAACUUAAAAGUCCAACUUCUCAUCUCAAGAGCCCUACAGGCCACAGGCCUCAGGAUUUCUCCGUGGACGAUGGCAGCCACAAUUCAGGCCAUGAAGAGGAAGAUUGAAUCGCAGGCUGCUCACCUGCUUUACCUAGAAGGUCAAACUGGGAUGGCCGAGAAGAAGCUGGCUGAUUGCAAGAAGACAGCCGUGGAGUUCGGGAACCAGCUGGAGGGCAAGUGGGCCGUGCUAGGAACCCUGCUGCAGGAGUACAGGCUGCUGCAGAGGCGGCUGGAGAACGUGGAGAACCUGCUGCGCAACAGGAACUUCUGGAUCCUGCGGCUGCCCCUGGGCAGCAAGGGGGAGUCCCCUAAGGUGCCUAUGACAUUUGAUGAUGUGGCUGUGUAGUUCUCUGAGCAAGUGUGGGGCAAGCUGGAGGACUGGCCGAAGGAGCUCUGCAAGCACGUGAUGAGGGGCAACUGCGAGAUGCUGGUCUCUUUGGACUACGCCAUCUCCAAGUCCGAGGUCCUCUCCCAGAUUGAACAAGGGAAGGAGCCCUGCAACUGGCGCCGCCCUGACCCCAAGAUUCCAGGUGUUCCUGUGGACCCCAGUCCAGAUGCAGAAACUGAGGCCCAGCAGAGAUUGAGUAACUUAUGCGAGUUGUCGCUCACCUCACACGCCCCAGCAAGCAUCCAGGAGGGCCUGCCUCUUGGAAUAGAAAUCAGACAUCCCACAGGAACUUCUGAGGUUUUCCCACUGCUGCCAGAUGUAUGCAAGGAACACGUGAUCUUCGUAAUUCCAGAGCGGGGCAAACUGCUUGGCACCUCUUCAAUAGUAGAUCUCUGGCUUCCUGCUCUGUUUGUUCUGGUUGCCCUGGAAAGCCUGCUGCUCAGCCCAUGCCCCGGGACUUCCUCCACCCUCACCAGGACAUUCUUUCCAUCUCUCGUCUCCUGUGUGCAAGUCCCUUUCUCCUGGAUUCCGUGUCUUGAAUGUUUCUUAAUUUACUUCCUCAUUUUGGCAGAGGAUGUCCUCCAGUUGUUUUCUGGGAAUGCUAAUAUGCAAGUGAACCAGUGACCUGCAGUUCUGCCCACACAGGGUUAAUAACCAAUCAGAUUCUCUCUUUUCAAGAUGGUUAACAUAACAGACACCAAGAAAGGGAAGAGGAGCCGACAGCAGAGGGGGAAGCUGAAAAAACGCACAAAGAAUGGCCAUAAAAGAUAGGAGUAUGUUGAGUGAUUAGUGAUCGGAAACUACGAGUGAUAUGGUACAGGUGUUUGUAGAAGAACAGUGAAGCCAUUGAUCAGGCAACCCCAGCUUUCCAGACAGUCACUUUUCCCAGUGGUCAUACCUGGUCUGGAAGAUUCCCCAUCAUCUCGAAUAAAGAUCUUUGCUUUUAGCUGUUGUUGCUUUUAACUCCAUGGAGAGACUGAAUGGAGUGAGCCCAGCAGGGCAUGCUGGGCAAGAGAGGUCCCCCGAGUCCCAAAUAAGAAUUUCAACUAGUAUAAAACGAGGCAGCGAACCCACACGUGGAAGUCUGAUACUGCUUGCAGAAGGGAAUUGAAUAGAUGUCUCCCUAUUGGUAAGGAUGUGGUUUUAUUGACUUGAAAUAACAAAGCCCGCAAGCAACAGCUGAUCAUCCGCGGGAUGCUGCCACAAGGAAUAAUUGAGCACUCAUUCAGACACAAGGGAAACCACUGCCUCUUUCAGUCUUUCUCCCAGAUUCCAACAGUCAGUGUUACAGCAUUUCACCUUGUUCACCUCCCUGAGAAGACGUUGCAGCUCACUCACCCCAGUGGGCACUGGGAGCGUCUGCUCAGGUGGGAAACAGAUGCCCCCCACAUGCACAUCUGGUGUUUAUGAAGCAGAUACUGGGGCUUCAUAAACACACAAGGGGCAGGGAAGUAGCCCCAGGGCAUAGUAUGGGGCCUCCUGACUGAAAGUAGCUUGCAAACCCCUGCCUAUAACAGCCACUUCCUGGCAGUCAUUGUGCCACUUAGGAGCCCUCCUCACCGCUCUUCCUUUAGUUCCUUCACUCUGUAUAGACCCUGCCAGAGCAGCUCAGGGUGGAGCAGCUGCAGCCAUGGGACCUGCUCCAGGCAAGGCCCUAUGCUACACAGUCCCUGGGGGUGAGGAUUCCAGAGGAGUCAAUUCCCUACCCGCCCUUCCAGGGGAUGGCCGAGAUGAGCGUUCCCACAGGGAAAGUGAAAGUUGCAAGGCUGUUGCGGAAACACCAGGGCUUCCAUCUAGGUCUUGCUGCUCAUCUCACAGAAAGCCAGUCACUGAGACAAGUAUUGUCAGUGAAGAAGGCUUUAUCCAGGUGCUACAGACAGGGUGAACAGGAGAUCAGUCUCAAAUCCAUCGUCAUCAACUGACUAAAAUUAGGGGUUUAUAUAGCAGGGAAGAAAUGUAACUACAUGUCGGAAAACAGGGAUUAAGGAGGGGCAAGGAAGAGGAGUUGGCCAACAGGCAGCAGGUGGUCACCUGGGGAAUCAUGAUGGGUGAGGGGUCUGGCUUCUCACUUUCCAGAUGUGGGGAUCUGGUAAAUUUCAGUUUCUUGAUACCGUCUGGGAGGAUUGCUGGCUGGUUUCCUGAGAAAGGAAUUCAGAUGACAUAAAUGGAAAUUUCUCCUUGGGUUUCAAGACUGAGAGGGUCAAUUUCUAGGUUUAUUCAAGAGAAACCAUAAACAUCAGUUCUAUGGGACAAUUGGGCCCAUUUCAAGGCUCUGAGGAUAAGGGUUAAUGAGGGGACAGAGUCGCCUGGAGAAGUUCACUGGGGCCUACAAGAAACUAGAGAGGCUUCCUGGCAAAGCUCUAUGCUGUCUAUCCUCUCUUCUCUCCUUGCAGGAAGAUUCCAGUAUAAUAGACCCAAGGUGAAAAGGCUUUUGUUCAAUAAGUAGAAAACUGAAGGGGGGUGGGAGGCACAUGGAUUUGAACCAGAGACCGCUUGGCCUGCAGGCAAAUGCUGUACCUUCAGUUGCACCCCUCACUUGUUACAGCUGUUUCUGAUAAGCACUUGUGCAGCCCCAUCAGCACCCCGAUUUCUUCUUGGUGAGUCCAUGGGAACAGCCCCACUGCAAACAACCCAUUCCUGCUCUCCUCUUUCCUCUAAACCCCAACCUCCUCCUACCUGGCAGUCCACAGGCCUACAGCUUCUCCUCAGUGGGAAAGACACCAGCUUGGAAAACCACUUGGAAAGCCAGCGUUAUCCUAGAAAAGCUUUUUAAAUGACCCAGCAGGACAAGUCUCCGGAUGGCCUUGGCCAACCCGGUGCUUCCCUCUUUUCUUGGUUGUAGUUCUCAGAAUAACUAGAGAAUGUACUGGGAGUGUUGUCCUGAGAUAAGGAGGAACUGUCCUAAACCUGGACUCUGUUCCCAUCACACCUAGAACAGGAUGUCCUGCAACGCUUUAGCCCAGUGAUCCAAAUUGCCCUUGGGGUAUAAAACUUGACAGCAGAGGGCGUUCAGGGUCCCUCAGCUGCAGUGUGAAGUGGGACACACAGGUGAGACUCCAUCUGCCCUGGGCAGGUUCCUGAGCCUUGGGGGACCAGUUCACCCUACAUCCCAGGCUUCUGUUGUCCUUUGCCUGCCUGUAAGGAAUAAAGUUGCUUUGCUUAA